AUGGUCCAAGAAAAUAUAGAUGUCGUGGCACAGAUUAGCAAGCGAAUCAAAGAAGCUCAAGACAGACAAAAGUCUUACACAGACAAGCGAAGAAGAGAAUUAACCUUUGAGGUAGGAGACAAGGUCUUCCUCAGAGUAUCACCAAUGAAAGGGAUGGUGCGAUUCCACAAGCGAGGAAAACUGCGCCUUCGCUUCAUCGGGCUGUUUGAAAUACUAGAAAAGCUCAGAAAAUACGUGUAUGAUCUCAACCACGUGAUAUCAUAUGAUGACCUAACCUUUGAGCCGGAUCUUGGUUAUGUGGAGAAACCAGUAUGCAUCAGUGAUAGAAAGAUACAAGUUCUUAGAAAUAAAGAGAUCCUAAUGGUGAAGGUGAUAUGA